GAAAAAUUGAUCAGCUGUUUCUUGAUUAUGAGAAAUUCUUCUCGAGUGUUACCGUACAAAUUUUGAUUGUCGAAUUCGCGUCUGCGUUUUGUCUCAGCCCAGUGUUUUUACCGUCUUAAAUGGUGAUUAUUAUUUUGCAGGAGAAAAUAAAUUGGCUGACACUUCUUUCACUUUAACGUGUGUUUCCCGUGGUCAAAUUGUGCAAUUUGCGUAGCCCGUAGUGCCGAUAACCCUUUUGCGUUUCUGUGGAUCAUCUUUGUUCAUAAUCUUAAAAAUAGACUCAGUCUCGUGGGGAACAACGGUGACCUUACUUAAUUAAACCUUGAGUGAAUUUCAUUUGUGAUCUAAAAUUGUGACAAUGUUUCCGAAGAAGUGAUCAUUUGUUAUUGUUUCUGUGAAGUUGCCUCAUGCAAGUCAUUUUACAUUUUAAUCCCUGAAAAUUUGGGAACAUUCGUUCACAUUGGAUUCGUUUAAGCACAAUUUUCAUAAGGCAAGGAGAAAUGUCUUGUGAGCUGCUGAAGAACUAUUGUUCGAACCUAAUACAUGAAAGCAGAGUGUUUUAUUUCGCCAGAGAUGGCAUGGCUAUGAGUUUGUACACCAUUCUAGCCGAUCUGGAUCUGGAACAAGUCCGCAAACUUUUGAACAAGCAAGUUGUUGAUGCCGAAGGCCAAAGAUGUACGCCUUUGAUAAUUGCAGCACAUCAUGGACAUGAUAAAGUGGUCAAAGUUCUGCUGAAAUUUCCUGUUGAUUUAGAGCAAGAAGGUCUAGUUAAACUCAACAGUUUCACCGUCAAAGGAGCCAGCGCAUUAUGGUGUGCUGCAGGCUCUGGACACCUGAAUGUAGUGAAAACUUUAGUCAAAGCUGGGGCAGAUGUGAAUCAUGCAACACAUACAAUGUCAACGCCCCUACGAGCUGCAUGCUUCGAGGGUCGUCUUGACAUAGUGCAGUAUCUUUAUGAUCAUGGAGCAGACAUCCACAAAGCGAAUAUCUUCAAUAAUUCCUGUUUAAUGUUAGCAGCAUACAAAGGUCACUUAGAUGUUGUCAGCUACUUAUUGGAGAAAGGUGCAGACCCAAUGCAACAUGCAAAGUGUGAAGGCACUGUCUUGCACUACGCAGCAGAAAAUGGAAAUGUGGAAGUUAUCAAAGAACUUCUCAAUCAUGGAGCUGUAAUGACCAAGAAUAAUUAUGGAUUGACUCCUGUUUUAGUGGCUGCUGAAAGAACGAGAGCAGCAGCUGUAGAAUACUUCGUCACCCGUCCCGAACUUUCAUUAGAAGAAAAAAUUGACGCAUUAGAACUCCUUGGAGCAUCAUUUGCAUGUGACAAAGAUAACUACGAUCUAACAAAAGCCUCUCAUUAUUUAGAGCGAUCAAUGGAUAUGAGGUACAGUGAUCCCGAUAACAUAAUUAGGAAGCCUAAAUUUACGCCAAUUCCUGCUUAUCAAAAUUGGAUCGAAAGUCAAACCCCUGAAGAUGUUAGAGCUCUCAGAUUAAAUGGAAACUCCUUGUAUAAUGAAGCCUUAACUGUCAGAGAAAGAAUCCUUGGUUCAAAUAACCCUGAAGUACCUGCAGCUGUAGUUUAUAGGGGAGCAAUUUUCGCAGAUCAUGCAAAUUUUCACAGAUGCAUAGAUUUAUGGCUUCAUGCUCUUCAUUUAUCUCAGUCAAAUAGAGUGUGUGUUAGUAAAGACUUGCUGAGGUUUGCUCAGAUUUUUUCACAAAUGAUAUAUCUUGACGAGUAUUUAAAGUUCAGUCACGUAGAGGAAGUUUUAGCUGCCGCUGUUCUAGAAUUUGAAAGAAACAAAGAACGUAUUGAAAUUAAUAAGCAAUUAGGUGAAGAUACCACUUCCCUUCAGGAAAGGGUGGAAAGCAAUGUGAUAACAGCCUUGUACAUUCUUGUGAUUUUAACUAAAGUAAUGAAAUUAUGUGAUGAAACGGAAGGAUAUAGAGUACGGCAACUCAUAUUCAGACUGAACAAAUUACGAGUUACCAGCAGGCAAGGCCAGACUCUCUUACACUUAUGUCUUGACUCGGAAACUCCUGUAGAUAAUUUUCAUACCAAUGAUGUUUGCAAGUUUCCCUGUUUAGCCACAGCUAAGCUAUUAAUUCAAUGUGGUGCUGAUGUAAAUGCAAUGGACAGCAGUAGGAAUACUCCUCUACAUGUCAUCGUCUGUGUUCAAAAACCUAUUAAUGACUAUUUAACUGUCCAUUCAAUAAUCAAAGAAUUAACAGAAGCAGGAGCUCACAUCGACACAGUCAACAAAGACGGAAAAACACCCUUUGAAGCUGCAACAAGAGGUGUGGCUGAAAUAAUUUUAAGCAUGCAGCGGCAGUUAAGUCUGAAAUGCAUGGCAGCAAAAGUAGUCAAACAGAACAAUAUUCCAUACCAAGGUCUCGUUCCCAAGGCUCUUGAAAGUUUCAUCGAACUGCAUGGAACAGCUAAUUCGUAGUAUCCCUGACCAUCUGGGAAAUCACCGCAAGUCUUUCUCAAGGAAUCGGUCAUCAGAAUCGGAGCCCUGUAUUUUAAUUUGUACAACAUUUUUAAUGUGUAUUCUUUUUUUUCCCUUUUACGUAAAAAUCAAAGCAUCAAAUGUAUGAAAGUCAGAAGCCUUAAUCAGUACAUGAGAAGAUAAUUUACAUGUCCGUUUUAAUUGUUUUUAAGUUUUCUAGUCAACUAAUUCAAGAUGUAAUUUUAUGGCAUUAAGGGUAGCAAUGUAAGCAGAAAGAGAGCCGAAUAUUCUGUAAACAAAUGAAGCUUGGGGAGAAGGAAAAAAAAGCAAACCAAUGCAAAACAAAUCACUCACUUCUCGAUGGCUCGACUUAAAAAACCAGUCAACAAAUCAAGCACUUCCCUCCCUCAAUUUUUAAAUAGUUCUACUCUGCAAAUGCUGCAACAUGAAAUUGCAGGUUAUCAGCGGAAUUCCCCUUAUUAUUAUCACAGAUUUUGUUAAACUAAUAUUUCAUGGGUGAUAAGAAAUCGCAGUUUACUGAAAUCUUGCUCAAUCUUGUGUCUUAACCCUCUUUAGUCUGAAUCCAACCAUCCUCGACCAUUCUUUCAGCCUUGAUUUUUUAACCAAAAAAAAUUCUCUGUGCAAACAGCCUGAUGAAAUUUUCUUGCAGCCCAAUGAGGAGGGUCUUAGAGCACCAUUAUUUUAAAACAUAAGUUAUCUAAAUCACUGAAAUCGAUCCUAGAAACAAUUGUGAACUGUAAAAUCCCACUUACUUUCAAAGUAGAGAAAACCAACUUGAAAUCGCUGUUAACCAUCGAAGACUGAUGAUUAUGGGUAUCAGUCAUAGCAGGCUCUAAAAGCUACUGCUUCCACUCAGACAAAAAGUGGCUGUAAAAACUUGAUCAAAAUGUUAAUGCUAAAAUUAUCGUUGUAGCAAUGUUUUCACAACAGUAUUUUCACAACAGUUGAGUUUCUCCAAAGUUUGACUGUUAAAAAUUUGCUAGGAUACUUAUAAAAAAAUGCAGCAGAUUUUCUGCAUCCCAACAUAUUCCUGUCUAUUUGUGCAACAUUUUACAAACUUUGCGCUCAAAGUUUAUGCCAUUAGCCUGUUUUUAUCCAUAUCAUUAUUAUCUUUCUUGUGCUCUUUAAUUACUUUUCAUAAACCACCACAGAAAUGUAUCGAUCAUUCAUUUUAAAAUAUCUAUGUAAUAUUACCACAAGGGCGUCGAUAGUCCUUCAAAAAUUCUGUCAUGCUCUUUCCUCUUGUGAAAUUAGUUUUGAUCAUCUCUUGUCAUUUUUCUAGAUUUUUGGAUGAAGGGAGGACGUUUAAACCUCAUAGGUGCCUGAUGUAUUCAAUUUAAAUCGUUUUAGAAAAUUUUGCCUCUGUCAUCGUUUAGUCUAUCUCUUUUAUAGUUAAAGAACAAAAGGAAUAGGAAAAUGAUCGAAUGUUUCUCAAUAGACCGUAAAAAAUCAGAAAAUUUCAAGAGCCAUUUGUAAAAUUUGUAGAAAAUAUGUAAAGAUGUUAAAUUAAAUUUUGUUGUGGAGAUAAUUUUCUUAAGUAAGAAAUCUAGCAAAAUUUAAUUUGUUUUGACAGUUUUUUUGACUGCAUGAACUUACAGUGCUCAUUUGUUUAUUUUGAACUGCAGACUUUUGUUAGGUCUUAGUCUCCUACACACAGAAACAUAUAUCGUCUGCGCUGUUUCAGUAUUUCUACAAACAUUUUAUAUUUUCUUGGGAGAACUGUCUCACGAAUUUUUUUGAAGACGUUUGAGUAUUUUCUCGCAAGUGUGAAGAAAAAUACCUGGAAGUUUCGGGCCGUUUCAUUUGACGAUUCCUCUAUAAAAAAAUAAAAUGUCAGUAAGUAAGAAAUACUAAAACAGCGUAAUUGAGGUAAGUUCCCUCGUGCAGGAGAUGAGAAAUUAUAGUUAUGGCUUUUUUAAUCCAAUGUUCAAAAAUUUCUUGAUGUCCUGCCUGGACGUUUGUGCGGCUAUCAAUUUAGAAUUUUUGGAGGGCUGGAAACCUACCUAGUAGCAAUCAUUUUUAUCAAGCAUAGUAUGCAGGUUAUGGAUUUAAAAAAGUAGCUAAAGCUAUAAAAUAGCGUUUGAAAACCUAAGAAUUAAUUCUAAGAAUAUUUGACAAUCACUAUCACUUUUGUAGUAACCGUCCAGUUUGACCAUUGUAAAUAUUGGCACUAAGUCAUUUUUUGUCCAGGAAUCCAAAAGCUGCUAUCAUUUUUAUGAAAUAUCCUCUUUGCCAGUCAAAAAAAAAUGUUGUAUUUCUUCAUUUCCGUACUCAUAAUUCUGCUCUGCUUAGGAAAAUUAGGUUUUCAUUUUAUAUUUGUGAUUCUAAUCCUAAUUUUCAGGAAUGGAGCAUUGAUGCAUUGAAGAAGUGUUUGAUUGGUGAUGUGUACUUCAUGCUACAAAGCAGAUGAAGAGAUAAAAGAAUGCAAUUCCAUUUUUGUAUUUUUGAAUUCAUUUUAUCAGCAUUUCUCUUUUCAGCAUGCAGUAAAUUGAUGGCUAUUGUAAAAAGAUGCAAAUCUCAGAUUCCGAUGUUUUAAAUCUCAGCUCAUGUGUCAUUUUAUUCUAAAAGGAAAAUUAAUAAACGGAUUUUAUUUUAAUUUUUUGUGAAUGUUCUUCAUUUAUUAAAAAAUGAAUCACAGAAAAUCGUUAGGAAACGUUUUGGUCUCUUUUCCUUGAAGAAAAUGAAACAUAAUCGGAGUUUUUUUAACAUUGCAAUUGAGGUACGCUUUUUUUGCUUCAGCCAUCGAUAUUUCAACAUUGUUCAUCUAGGAUCUUGCAUCAUCCAGCAUGAACAGAUAAAAAAUUUAAAUUUUUAUAGUUAAAUUUCUUUCAUCAAAACGUUACUAAGCAAAAAAAAGUUUCUCCCCAUAAUUGUUAUACUAUCAUACUUGUUGUUCAUUUCAAUGUUCUGCCCAGUAGAUUCCUUUUCACACAUGUUUUCCUUCUGCUCAAACCAUUGAGUUAAAAUCAUCAUUUUAGUAAAAAAAAAACUAAUAUUGUUGUAUUCAUAGUUUUGAGAGUAUGUACUUCCAACAUUUCAUCGUAAUUUGUGUGGCGUAUUUGUGGUCAACGGUAAUAUUUUAAUUGAAAAUCAAGUCUACAGGUUCUUUAAAUUUCUUUCUUAAGUAGCCAAUUUUUUUUUAUAAAAUUUACUCUGUAGAAACAAGAAAUUUAAUUCCUAAAGUUCCACUAGCUAGAAUAUAUGCUUGCAUGGCUCAUAAUAGUAGACAUUCAUGUGGAAGAAAGCUUUCAUUGGGUUAACCUAGUCCAGCCAAAAAGGAAAUGCUUGAAACAACUUUUAUGUUAUUUAGAGACAUUUUUUUUAACACUAAUGAAGUGAAGUGCGUCUUGCGUGAUAUUUAUUCCUGCCCUUUGUGUCUUGUCUUUUUUAUUCUUCUUCGUUUUACCUCUUUCUCUACUCUUGUAUGAUCAGAUUUAUUAAAUUACCUUCUUGUUUCUAAAAAAAUAAACUAUUUUUUAUUUUACUUAA